UCAGUUGAACUUUAAAGUCUACUUGCGUUGUCUCUUGGGGUUUAGAGUUUUCUGUGGGUUCCUGUCCGGAGAUUCACUUUUUUUGUUGCUUCAAAGUCUAUUAGCCUAUACCAAUAUACUACAAGAAAGUAAAUUGUGGCGUUAAUUGAAUCUUCGAUAUAGAUUAAAGUGGCAAUUUAUUAACAAAUAUCUCAAUUUAUCUGUGGUAGAUCAUCAAAAUGUGCGAUCGUAAUAUUUUGGAACCGAGCCACAUAUUUGCUUCUUUAAAACCAGAUAAAAACUUGCAAGACAAAGAGCAUGUUGAUUGUAGGCGUGCACCGAAACGAGAGGUUCAAGUUACCGGUUCAGCUGAACUUAUGGUAGCACCUAGCAUUUGUGUCUUAACUGUUGUAAUCAGAAGUGAAAAAUCCGCGUCUGAUGAAGCAAAAAACAGUGUUUUGAGGCGUCUUGAAUAUGUACAACAAACCUUCAAAAAUCAUGGAGUUCAGGAUGGUGAUAUGAUUGUUGUUAAGAAUUUGUCAAGGAAUGCUGCAAGAUGUCUUUACGUAAUGGAAGCUCAAGUUGAUGUUACUUUUCGCAACAGCGUCCACAAAUGUAUGCAAUUGCACAAUUUAUUCGUUGAAAAACUUGAUGACACAGUGAAAGUCUUAAGGCCUCAGCUCAUGCAUGACAAGCAGAAAUUGGAAGGUAUUCGUAAACAAGCAUGCUUAACGGCACUUGCAAAUGCUCGGCAAAAAGCGAUAGAAGUUUGUCGUAUGCUUGGCCAAACGAUUGGUCGCCCAAUUUGUGUGAAAGAAGAUUUUUGUGAUGAGACUUUGGGCUCAAAUUCCAAUUGUCAGACAAAUGAAGAAGACCACGUUUUACUUGGAAAUCCGACCUCAAUUGAUCUUCAACAACGAGUGAAAGCAAACACCAUCACAAUCAAAGCUCAAGUUUCUGCGACCUUUGAACUGAAGUUGCCAAUUAAACAUAGGAAAUGAUGUUUAGAUUUAGGCCUCCAUUGUGAAUACCUAUUAAUUAUGUAUUAUUGAAUGAUAAACUAUCAUAAAGCUAGUGAAUGCAUCAUAGGGCAGAGAACUGUGAAAGUUAGUCUUUGCAAUUUGUGAGUGUUUAAAUAUUUAAAAUGAAACCCUAAAAACUUAAUUUUUAAUUCUGAGAUAUUUUGGUGCUUUAAUGUGACAACCUAGUUCUGUAGAUUGCAACCACUUCAGUCACUUUGGAAAGCAGUGAAUAUUAUUUUGUUAUGAAAUCGGCGUAACUUAGAAUAAUAUUGUUUGUGAUAUCAAUUUCUAUGAUGAUUCAGCUUAUUCUUGCAAGUCGCCAUACUUUGAUUGAAGCCACCAUGCUUGAAUUCUUGCAAAGUCAUGAGAUGAUGCCAAACUUUCUACAUAAUAUGUCUUGUUUAUCCUUCUGUUAAUAAAUCUGAUAAUCCAAUUCCAUUAUGUUCUAUAUUUAAACACUUGUAGCACAAAUAUACUAAACACUAAAAAUAUAAUUGCAGUUGUUUUAGAUACCAAUUUACAUUUACCUGGUUUGUUUCAAUGUGAUUAGUUAAUGUACUGAAAAAUUUUUUUUAUGAAUGUUUUGAUAUAUUCCUAUUACUUUUAUCAUUUCAAAAUGUGUUUAUAUUGAUAUAUAUUUUAG